ACGUCGCUGCCCUUUCCGGUGGUCGCCAGCGCAGCACAUCGGCUGCUUGGCAGACGGCGUUGUAAGCUGGAACAAAGAUCUCCCCACACUUACACAACGUAUGCUUGAACUUUCGCUUUUGCGCUGUUGCAGAGCUGCGUCCAAGCGAUGGAGACUGUUUCAGAGGUGGCAUCCACAGACCUGCCUUCAGUGGUGGCGACGCAGGGACUCACCUGCUUCAGCCUCGGUGCGGCCGUGCUGCUCGCGCGCCAGCAGGUGCGCCACAACAAUUACCCGAGCGCCCCCGGUGGACCGCGGUUCACGUUGCUCGAUGUCGCCCAGACGAUUUUGGCGUUGUGCUCAGCGGUGCUCGCCUUCAUGAAGGGCAUUUACGUGCUGGAAGGCAAGUGGUCACUCGAGUUCAUGAACACGUCGACACUGCGGUUGGCUACUUCGGCAUUUGCCAUGGCGGCAACAUUUGUCACCUUGUUGCUGGUCUUUCUGGGCAGGCUUCGCCGUACCCUUCCACCGUCGGGCCUCUGCUGCGCCCUCUAUGGGGCACUGACCGUCGCUGCUGUGGUUGACAUGGUUCGUUUCCUCGAGAGGAUUCAUAACGCAGAGGAUAUCCACAUAAACGACGUGGAACUUCGGCGGCCGGUAAUACUGGUUAGCGUUUUGCUAACUUUUACCACAGUCGGGAACUUUGUCAUCGCCGGCCUCCAGGACACCGUGUUCGCCAAGACAGCCAGCGUCAAGAUACCGCCUGGUCCGAAGAACGAAGAUGACAUGUCGCCCUUUGGAAAGAUUAUUGUGGCUGCGUUGUUCCCCCUUUUUCGAGAGCAGCUCCGUGGAAGCAAAGACAUGGACUCCGCAUUUCCAGAGCUCAGGCGUGGAAUGAGGUGCAAGGAUUUGGUGACGUACCUCAACACCUGCAUCACACGCGGAAAGAAGGACGUCAUCCGUCGUCGCGUCUUCAUCAAGUCCAUGAUCAGCGUCCUCUGGGUGGACGUGGUUCGAGUCACCGUCUGCACCUUGGCCUACUACGGUUGCCUCUUCGUCAGGGUUCCAGCACUUGAGCUGCUGAUGGCCAGCUCCACCCAGGGAGACAUGAUAGCGGCGGCCAUCUUGUUUAUGGCGGUCAGCGCGGCGGAAUACCUUGUCUCGGUCUACCACAUGGACAUAGUCAUCGUGUUUGGCUGCCGCAUGCGAGCCAUGAUUCAAGGGGCCAUCUUUAACAAGGCCGUCCACAUGCCGGCGACCAUGAGGAGCGCUUACCCCACAGGCUCGGUUGUGUCCCUGCUGGCCGUGGACUGCGGCACGCUCGCCUUGAGCAUGAUGGUGUUCCCCAUGCCCCUCGGUGGACUGAUCACUCUACCCGUGGCGCUCUGGCUCCUGGCCGAGAGAGCGGGCACCUACCCCACGCUCUGCUGCCUGGCCUGGGUUCUGGUCGUCUUCGCGAUGCCGUUCUGCGCCUUUCGGUUCCAGAAGAAGUUCUGGCAACGUCAAAUGAAAGCCCGUGAGGAGCGCAUUAAAAGUCUGUCGGACCUGUUCGCAUCCAUCCGAACGGUGAAGAUGUACGCCUGGGAAGAGGCCCUGCAGGAGACGGUGCAGCGUCUGCGCAACGUCGAGCUCUCGUGGCUCUUCCGGGCGAACCUGCUGGACGGCGUGCUUGAUUCUGUUUACACGGCCUCCACUUCUGUGCUGACGAUCAUCCUCUUCUCGGCGUUGUACUUUCUGGAGCCCCACAAGCAGCUGACGCCAGAGCUGUCCUUCUCGUGCCUGUACCUCGUGUUCGUGACGGAGUUGACGCUCGCCUCGACGGCGCUGAUCUUCAGGAAUGGACGACAGGUAGCUUUGGGUCUCGGACGCAUAUCAGAGUUCUGCACUGAGAUGGAUCAAGAAGAACACAAGGAGAAGGCUACCUGCGACAUCUACAGAAAGGCAGGGCACGUGAACCUGAGGAAAUGCGGCUUCUCGUGGAGCAGUCCGAAGGAGGAAAACAAGCAGGAGCACCUGAGGUCCGUCAACCUCGACGUGCGGCCGGGAUCCCUGGUGGGCGUCGUCGGCUUCGUGGGCAGCGGCAAGUCAUCGCUCCUGUCGGGGAUCCUAGGAGAGAUGCCCUGCACGGUGGGGCGGGUCGUUUGCACGGGUCGCGUCGCAUACGUGCCGCAGCUCGCCCAUGUGCACAACAUGACAGUUCGCGACAACAUACUGUACGGGAAAGCAAUGGACGAUGACUUCUAUGACGAAGUGAUCGCCUGCUGCAAACUCAUCGACGACCUCAAUCGACUCCCUGCUGGAGACCUGACGGAGAUCGGCGAGAAGGGCGGCAACCUGAGUGGCGGCCAGAAGCAGCGUAUCUCACUCGCCCGCGCAGUGUACAGCAACAGCGACGUGUACCUCCUCGACGACCCACUGAGCGCUUUGGACGCCGUGGUUGGCAACAGCAUCUUCCAGGCCGUCAUCGGAAACACAGGCAUGCUCGGCAACAAGACCCGCAUAAUGGUGUGCAACCAAGGCAGCUACCUGCGCUACAUGGACAAGGUGGUGUUGGUGCACGGCGGAAGCAUCCGCGUCUACACCAACGUGGACGACCUGCUCGCAGACCCGGACGCGCCGGAGACGCUCAAGGACACAGCACGAGCCGAAGCCUUGCACUCGUGCGGCGACGAAGGUGCCGAGUCUAAGGGAGGUCAAGAGAACGAAUCGGCGGGCCGUGUCACUGAAAAAGAGCAACAAGGUUCGAACAAGUCGGCGUCCAGCAUCCUGUGGGCCCUGGUGCGGCUGUCCGGCUGGCAAGCCAUGGUGGCUCUCGCGGUGUUCGCGUUGAGCGCGACGCUCCUUGCGCUUCAGCAGCUGUGGAUCAAGGUGUGGACGGACGUGUCAUCGGCCCACGACGAAGAGACGUCGGAGCACGACGACGACGCCGCCCUCGAGGCGCACCGGACUUCCUGGGUAGCGGUGCUGAUUGGACUGUGCAUCUUCGACGUGUUCUGCCGCAUAGUCGGGGGCCUCCUGCUGGCGGCCAGCAGCCGCUGCCUCUCGGGGCGUCUGCACGGCGCCAUGCUGGAGCACGUGCUGGGCAGUUCGGUGUCGCUGUUCGACUCGUCGCCCCGGGGCCGAAUCCUGAACCGGUUCUCGGCUGACAUGGACUUCGUGGACUCGCGCACCUUCUUGAGCGGCAAGCAGAGCGUGCAGAGCGUCCUCUUCACCGCGGCCAAGGUGGUCGUCAUCGCCACCCAGUCGCCCAACGUGCUCGCCGUCGGCGUGAUCACCGUGCUCAUCGUCUUCUUCGGACUGAGGCUGUCCGUGAGUGCGUCCUACCGGGCGCGCUUCUUUGAGAGCGUGGUGCUGUCGCGGCUCCUGGCGCACGUGACCGAGACACUGGAGUGCCUGAGCAGCCUGCGAGCCUAUGGCGUGGUGCGGCGUGCCUGCGAUCGCUUCUGCCGCCUGGCGGACGCCAACACGCGCGGAUACUCUGCCUUCUGCGACACUUACAAGUUCACGCGCGUCAUCACCGCCACGUGCGGCUUCGUCGUAGUGCUCGCCACGCUACUGCUCAACGUCGUCUUCGUCGACAAGUGGGACUCGAGCCGCAUCGGCCUCGCCAUGAGCUCGGCGUCGUCGGUGCCGCUUGCGAUGAUGUACCUGUGCGUGCUCCUCUUCAACAUGCUCCAGAUGGUUGUCAGCUUCGAGCGGUGCCUCGAGUACUCGCUGCUUCCAAAAGAGCUCGACGUAACGGAAGACUUGACCGAAGAGAAGAAGGAUGCUCUAUUGAGCUCCCUCUCAGACUGGCCCUCCGAUGGCGCAGUCGAGUUCAAAGGCUACUCAGCCUCGUAUCGACCAGGAAUCCUGCCUAACGUGUUGAGCAACGUCACCUUCACCGUGCUGCCCAUGGAGAAGGUGGGAGUGGUAGGCAGGACCGGUGCCGGAAAGUCCUCGCUCGUGCUGGCGCUGCUGCGAGUGCUGAGGCCAUCGGAGGGACGGAUACUCAUCGAUGGUGUCGACAUCGCGGAUGUUCCGCUGAAGAAACUCCGAAGCAGCAUUACCGUCAUUCCGCAGGAUCCAAGCCUACUGAGAGGCACGCUGCGAACUAACCUGGACCCCACAAACUCCUAUUCGGAUGAGCAAAUUUGGAAAGUGCUGGGUCAGGCGCACUUGGUCAACAUGGUGACAAGCCACUCCAAGAAACUGCUGCUGGAGACCGGCGAUGGUGGAUCGAAUCUCAGUGUUGGCCAGAGGCAGUUGGUGUGCCUGGCGAGAGCGCUGCUGCGAAACACCCGGCUGUUGCUGCUGGACGAAGCGACGUCGCAGAUGGAUGGCGACACGGACAGCCUCAUCCAGAGGACACUCAGGGAGAGCUUCGCCAAGUGCACCCUGUUCACCAUCGCGCACCGGCUGCACACAGUGCUAGACUACGACAAGAUACUGCUCAUGGAAGAUGGCAGAGUACUAGAGUUCGGCGCAGUGUCGACGCUGCUGGACGACCCGGGCUCUGCGUUCCACGCCCUGGCCUUCGAGGCUGGCGUUCUCUCUGGAGAAGAUGUGUCCAGCACGAGCACUACGGCGCUGUGACCUUGAAUAAUAUUAUACUGACAAAUAGAGCGCGGUACAGGGGCAGUAAUUACUCGACGAAAGGAAAGGCCUCGCAAAUUAGGGGAGAAAAAAAGCGCGUGUGUCUUUUGUUGGGUACCUUUCAUAUCGAAUAAUUAUUUCUAGGGCAAGCUAGCACUUUUUCUACUCACUAUACUAUUUUUAGAUAUUUAAUGGAGAUACUUAAAGACAUAUACUUUUGCGAGUUUUCCUACCGGUCCUUUGUGCUGCUUUAUAGAAUGGCAGCGCUUCGUAGUUUGCAAAUGUUUUCGUGAAAUCCUGGAAAUCUUACAUCUUUUUUGCGCACUCCAGAUGUCAGAGUACACUGCAGAUCAGGGCUGGGCUUGCAUGCCGCCCGCAGGCGACCAGCGAGCAACUUUUCAGCUUCUCGCCGCCGAGUUUAGACUUACGGCGUGUGUGGCGCUGCAAUCAGAUUAUUUAUUUAUUUAUUUAUUUAUUUAUUUCACAAUACUGUCAAUCCCGUUUGGGAUUAUUACAGGAGUGGGCAUAUGGUCAUCAAAAAGUACAGUGUGAGCAAACACUGAGCAAACAAGGAGUUAGCAUAGAAAAACAUGGACGCUUUCAUUUAUAGAGUAACACACUGGUCUUCACACAGUUGCUCUUGCAGGAGAGAAAAAAAAAUAACUAAAACACUAAGUGGUGAUUGCGAUUUCUUCUUCUAAAUGAUUGGUAAAUGUUUCUAGUGUGGGCUGGGCAGUAAUAGCAGGGUUUAAGCAGUUCCACUCUCGCACAGCUCGCGGAAAGAAUGAAAAGAAAUAAGUGUUGUUGUUACAAAGAAAUUCCUCUAGCGUGAAAGCGUGUUUAUGCCGAGUCGGUCUAGUGAGCUUGUACUUUAGAAAAGUGGCGGGAUCCAAUUUCAGUGCACUGUGUAAUACCAAGUAUAGGAAUUUCAAUCGUUGAACCUUGGCUCGAAUUUCUAGGGUAGCGAGGCCUGCGCGAGAAAGAAGUUCGGUUGGUGAAUCUGUGCGUUUGAAACGGUUAUAGAUAAAUCGGGCAGCUUUUCUUUGUAUGCGUUCCAGCGUAUGAAUUUGGUUUUUGGAAUGUGGAAACCAUACUAUGUUAGCGUAUUCGAGUGCCGGUCUGAUGAGGCUGACGUAAGCAAGCUGUUUUGUCUGGCUGGUGGAAUGCGAUAAGGUGCGUUUGAGGUAGAACAGUUUGUUCAAGGCUUUUUUAGCUACAUACUGUAUGUGCGCAUUCCAGGUGAGGUCGGAUGAGAUGAUUACGCCUAAGUAUUUAUACUGGGUGACGCUUUGUAGAAUAGUGCCGCUGAAACCGUACGGGAACUGCAGAGUUGAUUUUUUGUUUGUGACCGACAUGCAGACAGUUUUAUCAGAAUUUAUCACCAUUUGCCAGUCUGCACACCACUGCACUACCUUAUUUAGGGAUUUGUUCAGUUUUGCUUGAUCUUCGUGGUUACGCACAGUAUGAUAAAGAAUGCAGUCGUCUGCAAAGAGGCGAAUGGUGACGUCGACUUGGUUGGUUAUGUCAUCUAUGUAUAAUAAGAACAGUAGUGGGGCCAGAACUGAGCCCUGGGGAACGCCGGACAAAACAGGGACAGCAUCAGAAAGGUGAUCAUUGUAUUCGACAUAUUGGGAGCGGUUUGACAGAAAGUCAUUGAUCCAACCAACAACAGGGCCGUUACCAAGUAGGCGGUUAAGUUUUUGAAGCAAUUUAACAUGGGAAACACGAUCAAACGCUUUAGAGAAAUCCAUAAAGAUUAUGUCUACCUGUAGUUGUUCAUUAAUGUUUUGAGUUAAGUCGUGAAGGGUUUCAACGAGUUGGGUGACUGUUGAUAAACCGUUUCGAAAACCGUGCUGGUUUGAAUAGAUUAAAUUGUUUGCUUCCACGAAUUCUGUUAAGUGUUUCAAGAUUAUGUGCUCUAGUAUUUUGCAGCACGUGCAUGUUAAAGAAAUUGGCCGGUGGUUAGACAAGGAAGAUGUGUCAUCUGAUUUUGGUAUGGCAAUUAUUUUGGCAACCUUCCACUCUGCAGGAAGGCGGCUCUCACGGAGUGACUUUAAGAAAAUUAAAUGAAGAAACUUGCUUACUGGUUCUGCGUACCUUUUCAAGAAACUGUUCGGAAUUUGAUCUGGACCAUUGCUUUUCUUUUCAUCUAAAUUCAACAAGAGAGAUAAUAUGCCAGCCUGUGAUAUUUUUGGGGUGCCCAAAGUGCUUUCAUGGCAGUGGCUAGGGUCGAAGUGGUUGAGGGAACCGUUAUCGACGGUGAAAAUGGAUUGAAAGUACUUGUUAAACGCGUUAGCUUUUUGUUUACUUUCCUGAGCAUUCAUGGAGGGCACGUUAGAGCGCUUCACGCUUAGGUAGCGCCAGAAUUUUUGAGGCGAUUUCCUGAUAAAGCUGUGUAGUGAAUUAUUCAAGAAACUGUUUUUGGCACUACGUACUUUACUUUUCAAUGACGUCGUUAGCAGAGUUAUUUCCGAGUCAGUUUUUUUACACAUAUGCGACUUUCUUCUUUUCCUAAGUCUCUUUAUUUUGCGCUUCAAGUGGAUUAUAUCACGACAUAUCCAUGGACUGCGUUUUCUAGUUUUUCUUUGAACUCGUGGAACAAAGGCGUUUAUACAAUGCGUCACAAUGGCUUUAAACUCGGUCCACACCACAUCGAUAGACGACUGCUGGUCAGAAAUGAGGUCAAAAAAAUUUUGAUAAUUGAAGGCAAGGUAGGUCAUGAUAGCUGCAUCGUCUGCAUCUUUGAAUGAGAGCACUCGCUUUAUAGGACCGAGCAUUCGUACAGGACUUGGGAAUUGUAAAGAACAAAAUAUUAUCUUAUGGUCAGAUAAUCCUUCAAGGGGUUCAACGUGAACAGUAUUCUCAACGAAAUGGUCACUAAUAAACACAACAUCUAAGAGUGAACUUGAGGUACCGACUACCCUGGUUGGGAAAUCGACAAUUUGUGUCAGGUUAUAUGCUAACUGUAUAUCUGAUAUGGUGUCAAGUGUAACAUUUCCUGGUGUCAUUGAGUUCCACCUUAUGUCAGGCAAGUUAAAGUCUCCCGCCAUUAUUACUUUGCUGCCAUAGGAGAUGUGUUGUUGCAUGUAUUCUAAGAGAGAUUCCAAGAAUAGAGGCUCAGCAUCAGGCGGCCGAUAAACCGCACCAAUAUGGAAAACAUCAUUGUGGCCAUAUGAUGAGAAAAACUACUAUUUUCUCGCCAAGCACAAUACACGACAGAAGCUCUGGCGGCGUCGGGCACAUCAAACCCAAAGAAUUUGCACGAACGCAAUCGAUCUACACUCUCAAAACAGUUUACAGCUUUUACGCAGUAUCUGUCCGCUACAACAAUAACUGUCAUUUGUCUACAUUGUGUUUCCUUUCGUGAAAACUAUGCACUCGCUACUUUGCUGUCGAGAAUGCUGUGUCGCGCUGAUAGCCGCAUGCCGUUCAUGGAAAGGCCGCAAGAUAUGUGACAAUUGUUGCUGUGGAACACAAACGCACCAAAGAGUACAAAAACUUUUUUUAGAAUUAUGAGUAGAUAAGAGAGCGUACAAUCACCAUGACUACCGAACGUAUCAAAGCCACGAAUUCCACGACUGCAUGGCAGCAUUCAUAUCGGAAUGGUACACGAGCUUUCCCAAUGUGUUCACGAUAUGUUUCGAUAGCGCCUGCGGCAAGACACUUUUAUUGGGUGUGCUCAUGUUAUCUUUUAACCUUUAUAAAUGUUUUCACGCAUUGAAGCGCAUUGGAAGUAGGCGUCAGCCAAGCUUAUUCGGACCUAGUGACAUUAGCACUGAGUAGGCUUCAAUGGUGCCAAGUAAAUCUCCUCGAUUGGCACCAACAAAGUUCUUCGAGGCUAUGUAAUAUAGGCCAAUGCAAUAAACAAGCCACUUUAAUUCGACACAUUUUAGAGGCCCGUAAUAACGUGACCAAGCCUUUGAGGGUCGCUUUCCUGACAAUAUGCUAGCCCGUUCCAUAGCGGUAUUACGAGGCAGGCACGAUUGCUUUUCGUUCAGUCCAACUGAUAAAACUGCAAUGUUUUGUUUACGUUUCAUAGUUGAACUGAAAUGGGAGUGGCAUCUUUGUCAAUAACUUCUAGCAUUUGAUGUGGUUUUUUUUCUUUUUCAUUCCUACUUGAACAGUGCGCUUGAGAAAAUAUUCAGGAUAUGUCGACAGCCUUUUAGCACAACUUCAACUGGGAUACAGGUCAUCCAAAGAUCAGACACAAAGGAACCCACCUUUUUUACCUCCCUUUCUUGGUGACAACAAAAGGCUGCGGCUAUACAGUACAACUAGAGCUACAAGUUUCGAGAGGUGCGUAGUGUUGACCUUAACUUAGCCUUAAAGUGACCUAAGGAGAUACACCCAACUUCAUUGUCAAUCAUCCAAUUCUCAGUAAUAGCUUACUUGUUGUGGUAUAAUAUAGACAUUUCUUGUCAAUCCUCUAAAUGCCAAGCAUAGCAGAAGUGUCUGGUUUUGCUGAUGAUUCUCAUAGUCAUUUACUGUACAUCCAAACUGGCAAUCAGCAAUCCGGGAUGCCUUACUUUCACCCGGUUCUGGCUUAGGUGAAGUAGCGCGUACAAACUACUUAACUUUUGUUCGACAAGCAACAGCAGUGUUUAUUUGCAGAACUGGAGUUUAAAUUAAAGCACAUACGUUGACGUCAUGAACAUAGUAAACAGAAUUUUCUUGUCAUGCGUGUACCUCAAGAUUUGCAAAACGUGACACGUCGCCACCUUUUGUUGGGGCAGCACACUUGGGCAUAUCACACUAGCUGACAAUUAGUUUCAAAAACCAGCAAGCAAGCCACUACAGAGAUCCCUUCGUUUGCCCAGAACCAUAUUUUUUGCGAGAAUAUGGUGAAAUGACAAGGAAAUGAAAGGUAAUAUAUUUCAGAACCCAUCACUGCUAUAAUAUUAUACGUACGCGAGGUUUCGCAGAUUUAAAAAUAUCGCAGGGUGAACAGGAAUGAAAGUAUUGUUCAGUGUACGUGAGAAAAUCUUUUUUGUUGCACUCUACUCUUGUAUAUGUAACACUUAUAUAUAUAAUGCUCUUAUGUAUAACAAAUAAUAAAAGCUGGUGGU